AUGGAUGCAAGGUUAGAGGCUGGAGCUUCAUACACUUGGAGAAGUAUAUUGGCUGGUAGGCGAGUUUUGUGUACAGGAAUGAGGUUCCAAGUUGGUAGUGGGCAUGAUAUUUCUGUUUGGGAUGAUAAAUGGCUCCCGGUGCCUUAUAAUUUCAAACCGUUCUCUUUGCCAAUGGAGGGACUCGAAGAUUUGAAGGUGGUGGAUUUGAUCGAUCCAGAUGUUAAAGCCUGGCAGCUGGAUUUGCUGCAGGAACUUUUUACACCUCAUGAGGUAGAUGUCAUUGCUAGUAUACCUUUGAGUUUGAGACAUACAGAAGAUCGCUUGGUUUGGCAUUUUGACAAAAAGGGCUGUUACAAUGUUAAAAGUGGGUACUUUGCCUGGAGGGAAGCUAGAGAAGCUUCGUCAACUGCCUCUUCUUCUAGCAAUGCGACUGGUAGGCAGUUGGGUCGGUAUUGGGCUGCAGUCUGGAAGAUGCAUGUACCAGCUAAAGUCAAGGCAGAAACUAGUCUACAUAUUUUCAAAGAAUGUACUGCCAUUAAAUCUUUUUGGUUGGAGGGCCCACUAAAGCUAGCUCCCCAUAAUCAUCCUGCUCCAAACAUAUGUGAAUGGAUGUGGUCUAUGAUUGAUACGUUGUCUACUGAGGAGCAAGGCUUGUUUUGCACUUCUUUAUGGGCCGUCUGGGCUGAAAGAAAUAAGGUCUUGUGGCAGGGGUCUGUGCUUAAUCCAGCUUCCUUGGCUCAGUGGGUUGGGCAAUAUUUGGAAGUUUUCCAAACAUAUCAUUACAAGCCUAGUGUGAAGCAGAAGCGUCUGAAGACAAAAUGGGAAUGCCCUCCAAGUGGGAGGCUCAAAAUUAAUGUUGAUGGGGCGUUUCGUAUUGCGCAUAAUUGUGGAGGUAUUGGGGUAGUCGUUAGAAAUGAUGCAGGUGUGGGAGUCACAACUUUAGCUAGGCCUCAUUUACAUGCUCACUCCGCUUUGCAUAUGGAGGUUGAAGAGUGUAGAGCGGGUCUUUUACUUGGUAUCCACCAAGGUUGGACGGAUGUUGAUAUUGAAAGUGACUCUAUCCUAUUGAUUACUGCCCUGAGUAGGGAUGAGGAGGAUUUGUCCGAGGUGGGUCGUGUCUUGGAAGAUUGUAAAGCUUACAUGACGGUUUUUUAG